CAUGGUUUUAUUGUGGUAAAAGUGUAGUUACCAUGUUUUUUUUGGUGUAUUGAUUACUAUCAGCAAAACCAUGGUUUUACUGCACUGGUUUAAGUAUGGUUUUUGAAAACCAUGGUUUUGUGGUUACUAUGGUUUUACUACAGUAACCAUGGUUUUUUGGUUUUAACUGUAUUAAAACCAUGGUUAAUUUUCGUAAGGGUCAAGAUAUAACUGUGAGAUAUAAGUGAACUAUUUGCACUCCGUUAUGAUACAGUUUUGCAAAAAAUUCAAAUCUGUAUUCAUUUGCAGAAUGAGGGAAAUUGAGGAAAGUGAGGCACUUCUUGUGCAACAGAUGGAUAGAGGCUGUAAAAGCAGUUGGAAGUGGUCUUGGCUGAAACUUGAAACUACAAUCCAGGUCCAUGCAGUCAAACACACAUUCAUACUGUCUGACUUUUUUAAGAAAAUUGAGAAAAAAGGUUGUGCUAAGUGCACUCUCUGUAUGAAGGAAAUUAACUACAGUAGCAGAGGGGUGCAUGCCUUGUUUGCACACUGUCAAACAUCCAUACACACAAACAGAGUGACUUCAAUCUUAUCAACUCAAAGUGUGGCACAACUCCUCCGUAAGGAAGAUCCUUUACCAGCUACUCAGAACCAGGCCUCAGCAGCAGAAAAGAUCAGGGAAAGUGUUAAGCUUCCAGUGCCAAUGUGUAAUCGCAUUGCUAAUGCAGAGGCAAUUGUUCUGGCAGUUAUUGCUGAGCACUCUCUACCUCUGACAAUGGCACCGGUGUUGGUGGAGUUAAGCCAGUGUCUAGCUGCAGACAAGCCAGCCCUUAGCCAAAUUAAAGUGUCCCGCACUGCUGCUUCUUACAAAAUUGUGUAUGGUAUGGGCCGUACAUUUGCAGAGAAAACAUUCUCCAACUUACGCCGAUACCCCUUCUCUCUGAAUGUGGAUGAGAGUACAUCCAGUAGUUUUAAGAAGGUCCUUUCUAUGCUCGUCAGCUAUUUCAACGAAGAACUGAAUGAUGUUGUGGUUGAACACCUGGGCUCCCUUGAAGUUUGGAAAGUGACUUCAGCCAGUUUGGAGAGGUUGAUGUUUGAUUUUUUUCAGAAAAAUAACAUUCCUUGGUUGAACCUUAUUAGCAUAAUGCUAGACUCAUGCAACGUCAUGCGUGGGAGCAAAUCAGGGCUGGAGACAAGGAUCCGAGAGAGGCAUUGUCCCACUCUGCUUGAUGUGGAUGGUGACUCAUGCCAUCACGUCCACAACGCUGCAAAGAGAUUUGCAGAACCUUUUGAAAACUACUUGGAGCAGCUCUUUGCAGACAUCCACACAAGACCAUCAAUGGGCAUCAGAUCAGGUAUCUGA